AUGUGCCUGGCUGCUGCCGCCGCGGCCCUUAGCUCCCCAAGAGCAGGCAGCCUGUCUCUGCCAGCACGACGCUUAUGCCACCUGCCUGCUGCCUGCUUGGGCUGCAGGGGCCCGCUGACCUUUGUGGAGUUUGUGCGGGACCUGCCGCCCCAUGUGGGCCCCGACCAGGCCAACGACGAGUACCGGCGGUACAUGGCUGACUGGUGGGGGGAUGCCAUCAAGGCGGAGUUUGAGCAGCGAAAGGGCGACCCGAUCCUGCGGCGGCAGUUUGACCCUCGGGAGAUCCGGCGCGUGGUGGAGCGGCGGGACCAGCUGGCGGCGGCGGCGGCUUCCGGCUUCGCCGAGGAGCUGGAAGCUGGGGGGGGCGGUGGCGCGAGUGUGGAGGAGGAGGGCGGGCCCGGGCCCGAGGGCUUCUCUGAUGCGGCGGCGGCAGACAGCGGCGGCGCGCGCGGCGGCGAGGAGGCGCCGCCGCCGGCGCUGGCGCCCGCGCUGUGCUGGCAGCCCGCCCAGCUGGCGGCUGACCUGGCGCUGGCGAAGCAGCUGGCGCGUGCGGCGGACAAGGAGAAGGGCGUGGCCGGCAACCCGCUGCUGCCGGCGGCCGCGGGCGGCGGCGGCGGCGAGGCGCAGGAGGGGGAGGCGGCGGCGGCGGCAGAGGGCGGCGCUGACAUGGACGCUGAGCUGUCGCCAGAGGAGACCGCCGCCAAGCUGGACCAGCUGCUGCGCUACCUGUGGCGCGUCCACGGCAUCGACUUUUAUGGCGGCAGGGAGUACUCUAAUCCCGCAGAGCCUGGCCGGGCGGCGGCGCGGCGCACGCUGCGCGGCCCCAAGCCCUCGGAUGCCGACCUGGCGGCCGCCGCAGAGGCAGAGGCAGAGGCGGAGGCAGAGAAGGCGGCGGCGGAGAAGGCGGCGCAAGCUGGCGAGGCGGCGGCGGGCGACGGCGAGGCGGGCGCGGCGGCAGGCGCCGCGGCGGGCGGCAACGCCGCGGCGGGGGAAGCCUCGGCUCCUGCCGAGGCCGCCGGCGGCGCCGCCGAGGCCGAGGCCGGCGCCGCGUCCCCGGCCGCCGCAGCGCCGGCUGCCGCCGCGUCGCCGACCGCCGCGGCGGCGGCCGGCAAGCAGGUGGCGGCGGCGCAGCAGCAGCAGCAGGGCGGCGGCGGCGGCAGCAGCGAGGAGGGUCGGGAGUAUGAGCGCCGCGUCACCGGCUUCUGGCGCUUCCGCCUGGACAAAGGCGACCCGCUGCUGCUGCCGCUGCAGCGCCAGCGGGUGGAGGAGGAGGUUGAGAGGUUUGUGCAGGCGCAGAUCAUCAAGAUUGACGACCAGAAGUGGGGCAACAAGCUGAGCCAGAAGCUGUUCAUGGGUCGUGAGUUUGUGGUCAAGCACAUCCGCAACAAGCACGGGCACGUGGUGGAGGCGGAGCGGGAGCGCAUACAGGAGGAGGUGUACUGGGAGAAUUUCAGGGCCUACAAGCAGGAGGAGCAGCGGCGGCAGGAGGAGGAGCAGGAGCGGGUGAUGGCAAGCAUGGGCGGCGGCGGCGGCGGCGGGCGCGGCAGGGGCCGCGGGCGCGGCAUUGGGCCGCUGGAACCUGCGGCGCUGCCCCUCAACCCAGGGAUGAUGAUGGCUCCCAUCAUUAUGCCCGCAGCAGGCGGCAUGGCCCCCAUGAUUCUGCCGAUGGAUGUGGUGAUGGGCAUGGGCAUGGGCGGCGGCGUGGGCGGCGCCCGCGGCGGCCGCGGCCGCGGCGGGCGCGGCGGCAUGGCGGGGCGCGGGCCCAAGGCGGGAUACUUUGACCUGGACGCCCCUCAGAACAACCGGGCUGUGCUGGACUACGGAGACCUGUAG